GGCCUACAGUCUCCAAACAAACACUUCUUGGAUCGUCCAAAAGGUCCAGAAGGAGGGACAACGAAUGGUCUUCCACAAGGUCUGGCGCUGCCAGCACCACCCUCGCAACAAGGUGUCCGAGCGCCGCAACGCUGUGUGCAUGGCCAGACUCGACGUAAAGAUAAAAAAGUUGAGCAAGGGCUCAAAACAGAACGACCCGUACCUGCGCAGGGACGUUCCCUUGGCUACUGUCAUACGAAUGGACACUCAACAUUCGCAUAAUACACAUUCAGCAGACGCUCUGCGCCUCCUUCGGGGCACACGUACCACGAGGCAGACGUUUGUGGGCUACUUCAGCGACGGGAUGGCAGUCAGCGAGGCACGGAGGCUCCACGAGAGCAAACUCUGCAUGGAGGAGAACGGUCCCGAGCUGCUGGCCAACGGCGCCCUCAACCCUCUGGCCAGAACCGUGCAACACUGGCACACUGUGUGGAGGAGCGCCUGCUUCGGUGGUGGCCCCAUCGACGCUCUCUCCAAGCUGGAGGAGAAGGCACCCCUCUAUGCUGCUCAAGGCACAAGUGUGACGGUCAGCCGGAGUGACACCAGCAGCUGUUCGGCAGUUCUGGUCGUGACCCCCAUCAUGCGGCGGGCCCAGGCACUGGAGGCAGCAAGGGACAUUGUCUUUAUAGACUCGACGUCCUCGUGUGACACCACCAAGUGCACCGUGACAGUGGUGCUGGUGGCGACAAUGGCUGGCGCCGUCCCCUUAGCAGUCCUCCUGCACAACGAGCAAAGCACGGACGGGUACUCGGCAGCAUUCAAGCUCCUCAGCGGGACCCAUCCACUCUGCUUUGGGGGUCUAUCCGCACCCGAGGUCUUCAUGACGGACAAUUCGAGUGCGGAGAAGGCUGCUCUGCAGGAGACCUGGCCCACGGCAAGGCAUCUCCUAUGCCAUUUUCAUGUGGCGCAGGCGGAGUGGCGCUGGCUCACAGCUGCCCACAACGGUGUGCACAAGGACCAGAGGCGCUGCCUGAUGUCAGCCUUCCAGGAGGUCAUGUAUGCUGACACACAGGAGAAGCUGGAAGCAGCGACAGCCCAGCUGAGGCGCCAGCCACACCAGGCCUUUGUGGCACGGGUGGAGGCCUUCCUUGGAAGACAGGAGGAGUGGGUGUUGCUCUACCGUGCCAACACCACCACGCGGGGGCACAAUACAAACAACUUCUCAGAGGCCACCAUCCGUGUCCUGAAGGACAUAGUUCUCAGCAGGGCAGAGGCAUUCAAUGCUGUGGCACUGGUGGAUGCGGUGGCCAUGGUGUGGGAGAAGUACUUCGAGAGUCGCAUCCUCCGCCACGCCCACAGCCGUGUCGCAAGUCACCAGGUGGUAUACAAGCGGCUGCUCUCCAAGAUGCCACAAGGUGCAGCUGAGAGCAUCCAACCUCUGGGCGAAAAGCUGUAUGCAGUGCCCAGCGCCACACGCCAUGACGUGGUCUACGAGGUGGCCGCAGACUUCGGAGCGUGCAGCUGCCCAGUCGGGAAACAAGGGGCUUUCUGUAAACACCAAGCUCUGGUACACGAAACCUUUGGUGGUUGGUUCCCCAAUGCACCCCCUUUGACUACGGAGGACCGGCAUCGAUUGGGCAAGCUGGCCUUGGGUGACAAGUGCCCACCCUGGGAAUUUUUUAUGCCCUUUCGUGGAGAGCAGCAGUACCCAGGUGAAGAAGAGAGUCCCAGGUGCACCCCCGAAGCUCCCAAAGGCCCAGACAAUGCAGAAGCCACUGACCUGCUAGAAGCCAAUGACCAGCCAGAAGCUCCUCAACCCUCCACAUCGGCCCUGGCACCAAUUGCAGCGCAAGACCCUGACCAAGCUCAGCGUGCUCAGGCUCGAGAGGAAGUCUACAGGCGCCUGAAGUCCCGCAUGCGACGACUGCACGCCAUGAACGAGGAAAACCCAGCAUACAUUGAGCUUUUAGAUGCCCUUGGUGACCGGAUGGAUCGUGUAACGAAUGGGAACGACGCAUAUGGAUUCAUGCUUACGUUGAAGGCAGCUGCAGGAGUACGACAGCGUCGGGGACGUCGGAUACGGGUACAGCCCACAAGCCUUGCCAGACGUCGGCCAGGACUGACAAGGGGUUCAAAGAGGGUGCCGGCUGGACGCCCAUCAGGCCAACCAUCUGCCAAGAGGCCCAGAAAGAGGGCCCACUCCCUGCAGAUGAGCAUAAGUCACAAUGUGCCAAGUGCAAGACUGCACUAAAGGUCUUGGUGCCUGCCACCUCGUCGGGAUCAGGGUCACCGUGUGGACAUGGGAUGAAUUCUUCAGGAUCCCAUCACGGUAUUGGAACAAGACUCACAUUUCGGCAGUUUCGCUGUCCCUGCAACGUAAAACUUGCUUUGUGCUGUAACUGAAAGCAAGACGUAGGCAUUUUUCUUAUUUUUUGCAAGCCUCUGUAACCUCCCAGGUUGAGCUGGAUUUCAUAAUGUGAUUCAAGAGUCUUUAACCACUUAACUGCCA